UCAUCGUUAGCAAGCAAACAUGGUCACGGUUCAUGGAUCCUAAACUACAUCGAAAGAGUAUAGGGUUCUUGGAAGGGAAGAGAAGAGGGAGAGGGAGAUGGAUGCUCGUAAGCAACAAGCGGCUGUGAAAGGGACGUAUGGAAGCUGAUUUCUCCACGACAGCAGCUGCCAUUGGAUCGGUUGUUCCAUCAAAUCAAUUACAAGACGGGCGUGCAAUCCAUCCCGCACAGGUGUAGUCGCUCCUUAGGAACAGUUCGUCUCCGAGCUUUCUACAAGAGCAUUUAUCCGCGGCGGACAUCGAGCAGCACAUCCAUCCAUCCAUCCGCCCACCUCCUCUCCCUGCUGCUGCUGCUGGUGGUGGUGGUGGCUGACUGAGGGCUCAGCCUGCGAGAUGAUGGAGAGCGAGGAGGAGCAGUCUGCCGCGGAGGAGGGAGACUGCUGCAGCUGGAUGAACCCGACGGCGGAGAGCAGCAAGGGCAAGGGUGACAGGAGGAGGACGAGGAGGAGGUUCAGCGAGGAGCAGAUCAAGUCGAUGGAGUCCAUGUUCGAGACGCAGACGAAGCUGGAGCCCCGGCAGAAGCUGCAGCUGGCGCGGGAGCUCGGCCUGCAGCCCCGCCAGGUCGCCAUAUGGUUCCAGAACAAGCGGGCGCGGUGGAAGUCGAAGCAGCUCGAGCGGGAGUACCGCGGCCUCAAAGCCGACUACGAUGCACUGCUCUCCAGCUUCGACUCCCUGAAGAAAGAGAAGCAGUUGCUGCUCCAGCAGCUGCAAGACCUGGCAGAACUGAUAGACAAGGCAGAGGAGAGAAGCAACAGAGACGACGAGGGCUCAAACGAUCGAGAUUCCGAGAUAAAAAAGGAUCAGAGCUCGAGGCUGUCGCUGAAAGAGGAAGCAGAUCUGGAGUUCGCAGUCUGCGCGGACGAGGAGGACAAGAAGCCGAGAUACUUCAGCGAGGACGAACUAAACCUGUGCGCCGGACAGCCAGCGAUCUCCUCCUUGACCUCGUCGGCCGAGCAACAGUUUUGUUUGACCACCAGCUGGCCGUCGGACCAGUCGUGCAACAAUUCACAGUGGUGGGAGUUUUGGCCGCUGAGCGAAUGAAACCCACCACCACUGUAAAGCUACCAGCCCCCGCAGUAGCAAAGAACGAAAAAGAGAGCUGAAGCAAGCAGGAGGCUGCAGUACAUAGCUCAGCAGGAUAUAGCUAGUGUCUGUGUCGAAACUUUUCGUCUUCCCUAUGGAUGAUCUACAGUCGUGUACAUCAGCAUACUUCUAUGAAUAGAGUGACAUGUAGUGAUAAUACACAGCUAUUCAGUGCAAUUAAGGAAGCAUUUGAUUCA